UCGAUGUGACGGACCGACGUCAUGUGUGUCCAUACGAACUGAUAAAGCCUUUAUUUGUGACCACCAAGAGCCACACACACAAAACAUGCAUUCAGGCUUCACAGCGUCACGGCACGCACAAUGUCGUCCGUCACGUUUGUUCCUCUACCGGGGCGCUUUCAAACACACAUUCGCGCACACGCAACGGUCUGCUAAUGGACCACACACAGAAGAAAUACUACUGUACACCCCGCGCCCCCAACCAACCAGUCCAUCGCUACAGUAACCACACACCCCAUCCUUCAGCCCUGCACCAUCUCGACAGAGUCAGUCAUUUGCCCUUGUUGUCCUCAGCGUCGAGCUCAUCCGAGCUCUGCGCGCCCAGGAGGUAGUCAAGGCAGUUGAACACCUUCAAGACGGGAUCCCGAAAGGUGGCCCCGAACCAGAGGCCAAAGAGGAGCCCCACUCCCAGGCCGGUCCAGAAGCCAAACACAGGCGUCUGCCCUGCCGGUGUGCCGUGGCCGUCCUUGAGCGUCUGCUCGUACUCUUUCAGGUACGCCUGGCCGCCUAACAGCCCUCCGCCCAGCAGCAGGGCCGGCAGGAAGAUGCCCAUCAAUCAACAGCAGCGACGUGGAUGAAGGAUGAAAGGGAUCUGCAGGCAAGCUGCAGCAAAGCACCCGAAUGGUCUCACGCCGGCUGCCCGUUUGUCGACGCCACUGAAGAAAGGGAGAUGUUAAUCAGCGAAGCGCUUGGGAGUUGUGCGGCUCGGGCAGUAUGUGUUGAAGAUGCUCUCAAUGAACAGCAGGGUCCUCCAGCCCCUCUCUUUCGCAUCCUUUUC